AUGGAAAUCAGUGAUGAGCCUUGCACCAUGCAGUUCAAGCAAACUGGCAAGCGCAAGAGUCGUUCAAACAGCCAUGAACAAGUCGAUCAGCGGAAACGUCCUGCUCGCAGUGGAUCCGGGAUGGAAGAAGCAAGUGCGCCGGAUGACUUUGAGUCGUACCAAGCAAAACGGCGUCCAAGAACUCGAGUCAAUCUGGACGAAGAGCCAAAGGCGGUGAUGAAGAUGACGAUGAUGACUCCCCUCAAGUUUUUGGCAAGCAAGCGCCAGUGCAGUCAAAGGUACUGA